AUGAUUGAAAUGGUGAAUGAUAAUUGAAGAAACUGGGGCCACGUGAGGAAGUAUGUACUUUUGAAAGCGGGCCAUUACGAAGCCCUUCCUGUCUCCAUCCACAUGAAAGUGCUUCGUUUCUUACGACCAAAGCUUUAG